AUUUUUUACAUUCUACAUAUAUAUCCUACCUACAUUACCAUAUCCUUUGGAAUUAUCCAUAAAAUGUAAUUUUAACAUUAAUAUUUAUUAAAUAAAAAAAAAAACGAUAUUAGUGAUUUAAAACAUAAUUAAAAUUUAAAAUAACAAUUUAAAUAAAAAUUAAUUAAUUUAUUUAAUACGAAAUAAAAAAUACGAAAAUAAAAAAUUGUAAUUUUAUAUUUUUAUAAAAAGCAAAAUAAAAUAUAAAAAUUAUUAAUUUGAAAAAAAAUAAAUGCAUUGAAUAAUAAUUAAUAUGGGCAAUAAAAUUAAUACAGGUAGUUAUAUAUUUUUAAUAAUAUAUUUAUUAAUUAAUUUGUUAAUAAAUCAAUUAGUUAUUGGUCAUCCAAGAUCAUAUACAAGUACACCAAUUACAAUAACAAGAUAUUCAGAAAAUACAAAUAAUAAUAUUAAUAAUGAUAAUAAUAAUGAUAAUAAUGAAAAUAAUAAUGAUAAUAGUACAACAAUAUUAAAAAUAACAAAUAUCGAUGAUUAUUUUAAACAACGUGAAGAAUUUUUAAAUAAUGAAUCAUUACGUUAUUUAGGUAAUGAUUUAAUAUUAAAUGAUAAUGAAAUCAAAUUAAAUGAAAUAAUAAUGAAAUUAAAAGAAAAAGAAUUUAAUGAUGGUUUUAAAAAUCCAUAUGAAUUUAAGGCAUCAAGACAUUUUUUUGAAGUUGUUAAUAAUAUAACAAAUUCAACAUUAUUUCAUAUUAUUGAAAAAAUGCCAAAAGGUGCUGUUUUACAUGCACAUGAUACAGCAAUGGCUAGCAUUGAUUAUGUUAUUAAUAAUAUAUUAAAUAAUAAUAAUUAUUCAGAUAUAUUAUGGUAUUGUGAUAAUACAACAACAACAACAAUUCUUGAUGGAAUUAAUAUUGAAGAUGAUAAGAAAAUUGAUGAAGAUGAUAUUGAAACAACAACAACAGCAACACCAGAAAUAGUAACAGACACUGUAACAGAUACUGUAACAGAAACAGUAACAUCAAUAUCAGAUAUAAAACAUAUUCGAUUUUUAUUUUCAAAAGAAAAACCAAAAAAAUUGGAUAAUUUUAAUGAUUGGAAAUUAUUAAAUGAUAUUAAAAAGAAUUAUGAUCCAAAAAUAUUUAAUGAUUUUCUAUAUAAACAUUUUACAUUAUUUACUGAUAAUCCGGCUACUGAUUAUAAGGAUAUUAAUGAUGUAUGGCAAAAAUUUAUGAAUAUAUUUUUAACACUUGAUGGUAUUGUUUUAUAUGAACCAGUAUGGGAAGAUUAUUUUUAUACAUCAUUAUUGGAAUUUUAUAAUGAUAAUGUACAAUAUAUUGAAUUUAGAGGUUUAUUACCGAAGCUUUAUGAUUUAGAUGGUAAUGAACAUGAUCAAAUGAAUACAUUGGAAAUUUAUAAUAAAACAUUGGAACGUUUUAAAUUGGAUUAUCCUGAUUUUAGUGGAGCUAAAUUUAUAUUUGCACCAUAUCGUCGUGUUGAUAAUGAAACAUUUAAUAAUUAUAUGGAAUCAGUUAAGAAAUUUAAGGAAAAAUUUCCAAAUUUUAUUGCUGGUUUUGAUUUGGUUGCCCAAGAGGAUUUAGGCAAUCCACUUAAAGAUUAUAUACAAUCAUUAUUGGAUUUACAACAAAGUAAUUUAGAUAUUGAUUUCUUUUUUCAUGCUGGUGAAACAAAUUGGAAUGGUAUGGAUACUGAUGAAAAUUUAAUUGAUGCAAUAUUAUUGGGUACAAAACGUAUCGGUCAUGGUUAUGCAAUAUUAAAACAUCCAAAAGUAAUGGAAGAAAUUAAAAAACGUGAUAUUGCAAUUGAAAUAAAUGCAAUAUCAAAUCAAGUAUUAAAAUUAGUAAAUGAUAAUCGUAAUCAUCCAGCAUCACAUUUAUUUUCUGAUAAUUAUCCAGUUGUUGUAUCAUCAGAUGAUCCAUCAUUUUGGAAUGCAAAACCAUUAUCACAUGAUUUUUAUAUUGCAUUUAUGGGUCUAUCAUCGGCACAUAGUGAUUUAAGAUUUUUAAAAAAAUUAGCAAUAAAUUCAUUAAAAUAUAGUACAUUAAAAGAUAUGGAUUUGUAUAGUGCUGAAACAAUGUGGGAAGCAAGAUGGAAUCAUUAUGUUGAUGAAAUGAUUAAAGAAUAUUCUGAAGAAUUGUAAAGUAAAAAAAAAAAAAGAAAAAUUUUUUUUUUGUGAAAAAAUUGAUAAUAUU